GUUCUAGUCCCGGGUAAGGCAUGGGUGUUAAUCUACGUACUGCAAUUUGAUCGAUGAUAUCGUAAUAAAAGGCUUUAGAUAAGAAUGAAAUGACCCUAUGGCCGUGGGCGCACAUCUGUAGGCCACACAGCAUAUAAAAAAAAUGGCAUGUAGUGUCGUAGAAAAAGCAAUGGACGGUUGUGUCUUUCGUUAAAAUUGAUUAUCGUAGCUUUGUAUGCGAGUAUAGAUUUGAAUUGUAGUACUUUAUUUACUCUAUGGUAUUUACUCGUUCCUCAUGUUUGUCAUUCCUCCCGCCAGACUGUGAAUUUUUACGAUAUGUCGGGUGGAGGUAGUGUUGUUAAAAUAUUUUGUUCACGAUUAUUUUCGAUAAAUACAAUACCUUAUUGUAAGAAAUCAAUACAGUUUCAAAUACAGAAUCGUCUUUAUGCAGCUGUUCCAAGACGUUUCUACCGCAAGACAGGUGUGCUGUACAGCGAUGGGCAGUUUGAAAUAACUUUGGACCACCGUAAGCUCAAGACCCCACGAGGAAACAUUUUCAAAGUUGAAAGUGAGCCUUUAGCUUUGGCAGUUGCUGCUGAAUGGGAUGCACAAAAGACUCAUAUAAAGCAGAACACAAUGCAUCUGUCCGGGCUGUGCAGCACAGCCAUCGACAACCCCAACAACGCCACCAAGUAUGACCUGGUGAACAGCAUCGUGGCAUUCUUGGACACAGACACUGUGCUCUUCCAGUCAACGGAGCAGGACGAACUGUACCAGCUGCAGUUGGAGCGCUGGCAGCCGGUGCUGGAGUGGUUCUGCGAGCGGUACAGCGUGCAACUGGUCGCGUCCCGGGACAUCACCAUGCCCGCCGUCACCGAUGAGACCAGGGCCACGCUCAGGAGCCACCUGUUGUCGUACAACAUGUGGGCCGUCCACGGUUUCAGCUUUGCGGUUGAAAAUCUCAAGUCCCUCAUCCUCACCCUGUGCUGUGUGGACAGGCACAUCAGUGUCGAGGAGGCCGUGCUUCUCUCCAGGCUCGAAGAGGAGUUUCAGGCCGGGCACUGGGGCAGAGUGGAGUGGGCACACGAUCUUUCUCAACUGGACAGUCAGGCGAGGUUAGCCGCUGCCGUCCUCUUCAUUCAUUUCAACUCUUCAACCGAGCUGUCCAAGUCAAAACAGAAGUUUGUCGUGUGAAAGUAAUUGUUUGUAGUUCUUAACUUAUUUGUAUUAUACAACUAUAAAACA